CUGAGGUGAAUGAGCAAUUUGUCUUGGUAUUGCACUGCGGUUUUUGUUAUUUCACCUCUUGGUCACCUCUCUUUCUUCUUUCUGUCGUUUCUCCUCCACGCAACGAAUAAGAGUUAGCAAUCGCAUACGACCAUGGGGAAACGAAAAAGUGACUCAACGACCAUAAACGAUCACUCGUCUACUCGCCGUCGCCGUGGCUAUCUGUCAUCUGCCUCGACCCGCAACCUCGCCUUCCCCUCCCAUGACGAACACGAGCACACCAAACAAGCAACCAGCUCCAUCCGAGUCCACCGAAGCCACCACACGUCACGUCAACUACCCACUUCCGCUCACCAACCAGCAGUUCCCCACUGACAAAACCAUCUUCCCCUUCACCCUUCUCCCCACCGAACUCCGACUAAAAAUCUGGAGCCUAAUGACCCCGCUCAACGGCCUCCCCGCCUCCUACCGCGGCCUCUUGCUCUCCUCCCGCGCUAUGUACGCCGAAGGCCGGACCGAAAUCCUACGCAGCGUGGCUCGCCUGUGGAGCUCAUACGAGACGGAAUGGCGCACCACGCUUUCUCGAGACGGACAUUUUACUGCAUCCGCAAUCCGACGAGCUUGGCGGGUGUGUGUAUCAUCGCGGCGCGGGUCCCGGCGUAUGAGAUCGUGGAUGGUGUGAGGUGUGAUGUUCGGAGGGGGUAUCGCGUGGAGGAUCCGCGGUUUGGGAGGCUGGAUGGGCUUUGUUUGGGGCGGAAGAUGG